UGAACUGUUUCCCUCAGGACAUCAAUGGUAUGCUGAGAUGGUUGAAAAGAGUCUCAAAAUUUGAUUUAUUGGCUUCAUCCGUGUAUGGCCUCAGUAUAGACGAGGAAAUCAGAUUGUUCUGCCAGGAGGCGAUGAACGUGGGGAAGGCCCUGCGUCUCUACAACCUGCUCAUGAUGAAGCGCAAUGAAAGCAUGCGGAACGUCAUCACGGAGUUGAGCUCCAUCUCCGACAACAUGGACAAGAUGAAGAAGAAGGGCAAAGUCGUAGACAUCGCCGGGGGCACCACGGGUGCCAUCGGAGGGAUGACCGCAGUCCUGGGUAUCGCCUUCGCUCCGGUGACCUUGGGCGCCUCGCUGAUCGCCACAGUGAUCGGUGCUGGGAUGGUGGUGUCCGCCGGGGGAAUAGGCGCCCACACCGCCAAGGCCAAGAACGAGGUGGUGAAUAGGAUGACAGUUGAGAAACUUGUGUACGAUUACAAGGCAAACGUUGUCGAUUUGGAACACUGCCUGGGCUUUAUCCUCGGUGGGAUGAAUGAACUUCAGAGGCACGACAUUGCCAGGUUACAGAGGGCGGGAGCCCAGUUGGAUUCAGUGAAGAUGGCUCACCUGUCGCAGUUUGUGCUUAGCAAUAAAGUCAACCAGAACGGGGACGCUUCUCCUGCGCACACAAAGAGGAUGUCGUCGGAGAGACUGCUUCUGGCUUUUACCAAGGAAAUGGAUCAGUACUUUAAGGGGACGGAUGGCCAGAAGCUGAAGAAGUCGAGUAAAAGCAAGUUUUCGGGUCGAGUUCGCAUGCUGGCUGAAAAUCUGCAGGAAGAACUGCGUCACCUGAAUCAUAUGUGGGAAAUGUUUAGUUGAAAUGAAGAGAAUAUGUGUUUGUGUGUUUGUGUGUGUGUGUGGUCCUUAUUUACUACUUUUAUUUGAAUACACAUUUUAUAUUAGGUAUGAUAUAUAUUUGUAUAUUUGGAUUAAUGUGUGAAUAUUUACAAUUGCUACUAUUUAAAGAAAGUUUAAGAUUGUUGUUAAACUAUCAUACAUGGCUGUGAUAAAUAA